CCAGCACAGAGGCGGGGCAGACCCCGUUAACCAGCAUCCUAUGUUGUCACCCGGUUGUCAACAAAGUUUCCUACAGGAGGCGUGCGGUGCGAAUUUGAAGAGAAAUGGGGGCAGUCACCGAUGAUGAAGUAAUUCGGAAGCGCCUUCUUAUCGAUGGCGACGGAGCUGGAGACGACCGACGCAUCAAUGUACUCCUGAAAAGCUUCAUCAAAUGGUCCAACUCAACUAGCACGCCCGAGGAAGGGUCUCUUCAGUACCAGAGGAUGAUUGGCACCUUGACUCAGUGCGACUUUUCAAUGGCGAAGACACUGCAGGUGUACGACAUGAAUCUCAAGGAAAUGGGGAAUUAUGAGCAGAUCUACAGAGAUAUUGAAACAAACAUAUCAACAGCCCACGAAAAAAUAGCAGAGUGCAAAAAGGAGAUUCAACGGGCUAAAAGAAUACGAAAGAACCGACAAGAGUAUGAUGCCUUAGCCAAGGUGAUUCAACAGCACCCAGACCGCCAUGAGACAAUGAAGCAACUGGAAGCACUGGACAAAGAGCUUCAGCAAAUGUCAAGGAUUAAAGACAAUGUGGAAGAUAAGUUGGAGUUGCGGAAGAAGCAGUUCCACGUCCUGCUCAGCACCAUCCAGGAGCUUCAACAGACUCUGGAGAUUGAUGAGAAGUGUGAGGCUGACGAUACACAGGAGAGCUCCAUGGAAAGUGGCGACUGAUGCUGCGAAAGUGGCCAUUCUGAUCGUGUGCGUGUGCGUGUGCUUGUGUGGGAUCGCUGAAUGUCCAUUCCUCCCCUGCCCAGCCCACCCAAGCCUCUACAGGAGGGAGUUUACUUUUGUUUUCAUUUUUUUAAGAGCUGUGAAAUAUGAUGUCACAUUAAAAAUGUUUCCAAACUUUUGAAAGGUC